GCGCGCAGCUAAGCUACGGUCUGAGUGUCCGCGGUCUAGCAGUCCCCUCCGUGGUCUACGAGACCCCGAAACCGGUUUCAAACUCAACUUUGAUACGCUACGCAGUACUUACUAUCAGUUCGAAGUGAUCCUUCGUUUUGAAUCGAAGGAUAGUGACCUCCUCGUCGUGGUCUGUGAGACCCUUGCGCGCACGCGUCGAGGUCUGUCAGACCCCAAACACUUCGUGACAUAACCUUUUUUGUGGUGGUGUUUGUAUGCGUCUAGUGGAGUGUGUCAGUGUAACUUGUUUGGGUGAACCUGUUGGGAUUCCUCAAUAGAAUGCUCACGUUUCUAGAGGAGCGUUAUUGAAAAUUGUGUUUGAAAAAUCUUCGUCAAGAUUUGAUUCUGAGAUUAUCAAAUUCAAGCAUAAUUUCUAGUGAUAAAAAUCCGCGUAUUCUUUUGCUUGUGAUUUUUUAAUUAAUCUUUUUGAAACAUUAAAAUGUAAUCUUUUGUGUAGGAGUGGAUGAGCAUUUUGUUUUGAUUUUGUGAUUUCCACAUGAUUGCGCGUUUGAAUAAAAUAGGUUUUGUAGUAUCGAUUUGAAAGCCUAAUCUUAACGAAAUUACUCAGUGAAUGUGGAUAACUAGUGGAGUGAAUAAUUUAUUAGUGUUUUCUGCCGUACUUGAAGGAUAUUGGAUACUCAAUUCAUGAAUGGGAAGGCUUGGAUAUAAACUCGAUGUUAUCUUCGCUGAAAUGAGUCAACGCCGGAGUCUCUGAACCAGUAGAAAGUGAAUACAAAUCAAGAGCACAGGAACAAAUUGAGGAACGAGAACUAAAAGAAGAACUCAAAAAACAAACUGAAGGACCAACUCAAGAAGGAAAACUGAAAGAAGAACAGACUGUGUAAACCAAAAGAAGAGAAAUCAACUCAAGAAGGAAACGUGAAAGAAGAUCACAGUGUUGAAGCAGUAAGCAAGACCAGCCUACACCGUCUAUAUUGAAAAGGACACAGCUUCAAAAGCAGCAGUCCCUAAUCCAGAAUCUCCCUUAUACAUCCCUAGAACAUCCUUUGCAAAGAAGAUCCACUGCGACUCAUUAAUUAUUUCUGUCGAGCAACGAAGCUAUUUAGAGAUCCGCGCCUGUUUGCUAUUCUCUUUAUGCGAGAAUUGAACCACAGCCGCUGUGUCAGAUAAUAUGACAUGCGUAGGUUCAAGGCAGCAGCUAUCUCAUAAAGCUCACAACUCGCUUAUUAUAAGCACCAAGUAUGCGAAAGGAUAUUAUGGUGGAGUGUGUUAUUGGGAAUUUAGAAGCUGCAAUCAGAGAUCAUAGAUCUGAAAUUGUUGAAUUUCUCCUAGUACAGAUUUGAGAGUAUGUUAGAGAGUGAAAGAUUAUAUACAUUCAAAAAGGAAAAUAUACAUUAUACAGUAUCGUAAAUUCGAAUCUGAGUUUCAUUAGUGAUAAAAAAUUCACUGAGAAAUUGAGAUUAUGUGAAACGGUAGCGUAAAAUAGUGGAUUUUCAAAAUAAAUAAAUCUACAAUCUAGUUUUUGAAGCAUAAAAUUUAUUGAUAUUCAACAUCCAUCCCAGAUCUAAUAUUAUGUGAGACGGAAGUGUAAGACUCUCAAUAGUUGAGAAUCCUCAACCUAUGAACUAGGCUAAUGAAUCUGAUACUAUGAAGUAUAUUGCUUCUUUAAUCAACACUUGGAGAGUACAUUCAAGUGUAUUUCAAUCGAGUACUUCAAUGUAACUUCCAAUUGUCACCAACGCACUGGCAUAAUGUUAUCGAAUAAUUUGGAUUUGUAUGUGGACUGUUUGAAAGUAAUGAAUCAAAUAUAUUAUGUCCACAAAAAAUCAAUAUCGUAGGUUGAGAACCAGGCUAAGAAAGCUCAAAACGUUUCUGAUGUCUCAAAACAAAACUCACAAAAUUUACUUCACAUGAGAUGGAUGUACCAGACUCAGAAUCAUUGCAAUACGUCGAUGAAGGGGACGAGUCUCCCAGUCAAUCUCAGUAUGUUUGGAAGAAAAAGAAGGCGAUAUUGACCAAAACAACUGAUAAAAAAUGUGAUUCGGAGGCGAAUAUUGGUGAUGAAGAGCAGUCAACAUUCGGAGGAACCCAACGCGCAGACAAAAAUCGGAUUGAAGAUGAUAUUCUGGUUGGCGAGAAAAAGGAUGAAGGAUCUGAGGUGUCCGACUUUUGUGCAUCCUUGAGUCCAACUGCUCCUCUGGUCCUGAGGAAGGAUGUGGAAGGAUCCUCCUCUGAGAAGGAUUCGAUAACAAGUAGUGCAGGAAAAAACUCUCUAGAUACUGUCGAUGAUGUCGAGGGAGGAGAAAUAUCGUUAAAAAUUGGAGUAGAAGAAAUGGAUAAAUUGUCUGUGAAGAAUACUGAUAAAAAUUCAUCAACAGAUAGUAAUGGAGAGGAAUCAAGUAAGGAUGAUAUUAUCAAGUAUUGUGCUCUAGAUUCGAAACAGAAUUUGAAGAAAACUAGUGAUAAACAUGGUGGAGAAUCUAUGGAAGUUAUGGAAACAUUUUCUGUGGAGAGUGUUGAUGAGGAUUCAACUACAGAUAUAACUGAGGACUCAUCAGAUAUCACAAAGUAUUGUCCACUAGAUUCAGGGAAAGAACUGGAGAAAAUUGAUAAUAAAUGUGAAGGUGGUGAAGGAGAAGAAGAAAGAUCAAAGAAAGAUGAUGACAAAUCGGAGGAUGAUGUGGGACACGAUGAAACGUCGAAUCCGGGAAACUCAUCCGAGGCAUUUGAGAGUGUAACCUACGAUAUAACACUAGAAGAAGACAUCUUAGUUUGUGUUGUCAUCAAGGAAGGAAAAGCAGAAAACGAAAGUGAUGAUUCAGAACGAAAAAUAGGAUGGAAGAAUGGCAAAAAUGUAUCGUCUGACGAAGACGAGUGCUGUACUUCUUUUAUAAUCGCGGACGAUGGAGCUUCAACGUCUACUAAUGUGGAUGAAAGCAGGAGCAGUGAUGAAAGUGGAGAGCAGAUUGAUAGGAAAAUUGAGAAAAGAAAAGGAAUAGAAGAAACUACCAGCGAGGAGAAUCAUAAUGGAGAUGACAAAGCUAAUGCAGAAGUAGAAUCAGAAGAAAAAAGAAGUACAACAACGAAUGAGGAAAGCAGUCAGAGUUCGAGUUCUAAAAUUGUAAAAGAGGGAGAAGGAGAUAGUCAACUAACAACAACGUCAACCAGUAGCGUUGAAGAGGAAUCUAGUGAAAAGUCAUUAGGACUUGAAACAUCUGACGAACAUGAGUCAGAAGAAUUUCUACCAAAUGUCAAUACAGUUUUCCCAGAACUGAUAGACAAAGAAGAUAUCAUCAGAAACCUUCUCAACGAAUAUAGAAUCAAUACUGGAGGACAUCUGAGCAGUAGAACUGUUACUGAAAAUAGUAGCAGAUACAGGGAGGAAAACCCAGAAAAUCUGAAAAUCACUCUCGCAUUGGAAUUUGAUAGAUCUGAGAGUUUCUACGACGAAUCCACAUGCUCAACAGUGGAAACCGAACAUGUAGAUUAUUUCAUCAGUGUAGAUAACUUGUGUCCGGGUGAUAGUUAUCAAAAACUGACCGUGAAAUCACUGAGUAGUUCGAUUGAAGAUGUUAGUGAAGAAAAAUUGGCGGACUAUUCAAGCCUAGUUGAUAGGACGUUCUCGUUCCUGAGACAGGAGGAUGAGAGCACAACAGAAUCCAGUGAUGAAUUAUUACUGGAAGAAGGGAAAUUGGAUAAAGAUGUUGGAGUGCAGACUAUGAUAACGCUCCUGGAGGAGAUUGAAGUGGUGGGAGGCGAAGGGAAUGGGGCAUCUGAGGAGAAUGAUGAUAGAAAUAGUUGUAUAGGCGAGAAAAAUGAUGAAUGUCAUAAAGGAAAUGUCGGUAAGGAUGGAAAAAGUAGCAAGAAAAAUGGUAAGAGUUGUAGAAAAGAUGGGAAAAGCAUUAGGAAGGGAGAAGAAAGCAAUGAAAAUGGGGAACCCAUUGAUGAAAAUGUAAACAAUUCUGACAAAGAUGAGAAAUUGAACAAAAAAUAUGGAAAAAGUGUGAGUGAAAAUAAAUCUAGCAAAAAUGAUGGGGAAACAAGUUUUAAAGGUAAGGGAAGCAAGAAGAAGGAGCAAAACUCUAUGACUGAUCAGCACAGACAAGUUGAAAAGCAUUCGAAGACAAAAGAAAAUAAUGAGAUUUAUAUUAAACCAUCAAAGAGUUCAACCUCUAAUCCUCAUCAACAAGGGAAAACUAAAAGUGAUGCUAAACAUAAUUUACCCAACAUACCAAAUAAGUUAGAAACGGGUUUUCCAACCAAAGAUUCCGAUUCUGACAAUACCAAAGACAGUUUUACAAGCAACGGAGAUGAUACGGGUUCAACUGAUUCUGAAAAUAUUGCUCAAAAUAAGAUUGAGGAGGUAAAGGAUUCUAAAGAAGACGAUAAAGUUGAGGAUGUAGAGGAAAUAAGUCAACUGGAAACCUACAGCAUAUCCGAAAGCAGUAGUGGCGAUGAGUAUUACUACGAUCCUGAGGAAGAAAUUAUUCCAAGCUACUCUCAAACUUCAGAGAUCCGUUCAGUUAUGGGCAGUGAAGCUUUCUUAGGCAUGGUGGAGGAGUGCAACUUCGGAGAUUUCCAAAACAAAGCAGUGGAGGUCCUCAGUAUGUUUAGGAGACGUUUGAUGCCGGGUAUAACGAACGCCAACGACUGGAUCGGAUAUUGCGAAACCCGCUAUGAGGAGGAUCCUGAUGAUGAUCGUCUGGGGGUGAUUGAUGAAGAAACUGAGGAGGAUGAGGAUGGAGGAGGAAGUAGUGGAGAAGGAGAAGAUGAUGAGGAUACUCUAGAAAGGACAAGUUCAGAUGUGGAUGAGGAAGCAAAUAACGAUGACAAAUUUGAAGACGAUGUAGUAUCAAAUCUGGACUCACCUUCAUUGAACUCAGAAAAAACACACAAAAACCUAGAUGAUAUUCGAGAGGUGAAUGACCGUUACAAAUCUGUACAAAAAGAUUAUGAAAGCAUUGAGACGAGUCCUACUAAUUCAUCAAGUUCAACAAGAACCCUCAAUGAAUGUUACAAAUCUGAGCGUGAUGACACUACCAAUGAAACAACCCCCACAAAUUCAUCCAGUUCAACGCUGAAAAAUCUAGAUAGAGUGCAAGAAAUUAACAACCGAUACAAGAGUUCAGCUGAAGUUGAGUGUGAAGAUGGUGUAGAAUUAUUGACUGAUAAAAAUGAUGCAAGUAAAAGAAAGUUAGGAGCUGUAAGGGAAGAUUCGAUGGAUGGGGAAGCGACGUUAUCAUCGUUGAACUCGGAACUAACUCACAGAAACUUGGAUGAUAUGAGAGAGGUUAACGAUCGUUAUAAGACGUUACUUGACGAAGAGGAUACUACAGUAAGUGAGAUGAAAAAGGAAGAGGAAAGAGAAGUUAAGUUGAGGAAAUAUGAUGGGGAACAUGAGGAGGUAUUUUCUAAGAAUAACAUCAAUGAGAUUGUGUCGAAGUCUGUAGUUUUGAACAAGGAGCUGAACUCGAAAAUUGCCUACAAUUUGAUCAAGGUUGACGAUAGGGUGAAUUGUGAUCCAUCUUCAAAUAAUAACAAAUUAUCUUGUGACCUACAACAAAAUAACAGGAAAAUGUCAAAGAAUACAAAAAUGAAUAAUGGGGAUCGACAAGGUUCUACAUGGAAAAUGAAAGAUAAGAUAUGUGAUUCAUCACAAGGAAACACAAAGUCGUUGAAAAAUUCCAAAUCAAAAAAUACGAAUCAACAUUGUUCAACUGUUAAGACUUAUGAGGAAACUAAGGAUCAUUCGACCGAUACUCACAAUAGUAAAUUAUCAAUGGAAUCUUCGAAAAAUAAUAUAGAUUUGUUGACCAGUUGCAAUUCGAAUGAUUUGUUGAGAAUUGAUGAACAGUUCUAUAACAUUUCAUACACAGAAAACGAUUUUGAUAAUGAUAACACCAGUUCACAUCUCAACUUGGAUCUACUACAAGGUUGUAAUACAAGUUUUAUAGAACCAAAAGAGGGCGAGCAACUAAAGAAUCGUACAAAAUCAUGUGAUGAUUUUGACCUCUUGAAACCAAAUACAAGUUUACUGCAAGGAUUGGACGAAAGCUUGAAAUCAAGAGUAGAACAACAGCUGCAGGACUUGGAAGAGAUUAACGAAGGUGAUUCUACUCCAAGAUCUCUUAAAAUUGAUGUGUUACAGAAAGUUGGGAGUGACUAUGAAGGCAGGAUAGAUUGUUCUAAUGAAUAUAAUGGUAAACCCGAUAAGCUGAAUUUUUUGGAUGAUGAGUUGAAGUCGAAAGUUGAAAAGCAAAUUGAAGAUUUGAAAGAGAGAGACAGUGCUACACGAGUACCAUCAUGCUCGAAAGUAUCCUCGAAGUCAUCAGGUCUGCUGGGAUCUGAGAAUACACCACAAAAGGUGAAUGAUAAAGACUCUUCGAAAACUGGAAGAGGAGAAAAUAGGUCGAAGAAAACUGCUAACAAAGAUAAAAAUGUAGUCGCCAAUGAUGAAACAAACAAAGUCCCAACUAAUAAACGGAGCAAAGAGACGGUGAAAUCGAAUAGCAAGAACGAAAAUGAAGGAGUGGUGAGGAAGAAUGAAGGGAAUCAGGAAAAUACCAAGGUGAAAACAAGCGAUAAAAUUAAAAAAAGAUCUUCAGAAGGACCUUCCAAAACAAAACACAAAAACCUCCAGGGAGAAAAUGAGCGCCUAAAAACAGUUCGAACCACAGCAAGUUCAAUUCCCAAACCUAAAAUUCGCAUUUCUGAGAGUACUUUGAAAACGAAGGACACCUCAGAAACUGAGAGUGUUUCGAAGAAGAUUAAUCUCAAUCAAAAAGACAAGUUUGAUGAUACAGAUCCUACACCAAUCCCACUAGUAGUUAACGACUCAACAGACAGUGUGUAUACUACAUCUGGAGAGAGUACUUCAUCGAGUGAAUCUUCCUCAGAAGUGAAGGACACCUUGAAGGACACCUUGAGUCUGGACCAGGUUGCAACUCUCUAUCCAGUCAUAAUGUCGAAUGAACAGAUUAGCAAUGAAAAGUGUACAAUAAAGGAUACCUCCACAACUGAAUGCACCUUGAGAACAGAUGAUUCUUCGAUAAUUGAAUGCGAUAAGAGUCGGGAUCAAGAUUCAACUUGUGUGAUUUCAAGUGACCGAAUUCGCAAUGACAAGUGUACAAGGAAGGAUACCAGGACAACUGAAGGCACCUUGGGAACCUCGACUACUAAGUGCACCUCAGGCGAGAAGAAGACAGGUGUAGACAGAGCCAUCGAGCCGUAUCACCAGGAAGAAAAGGACGGAGUGAUGGGGAAGGAGCCCUUCACACUAUCAACGGACAGCUUAGUAUCGACCUGUUGUUUGGAGCAUGCGCAGUGCUCACGGCCCGUCAUGGCGAUGGAACUCGCCAGUAGUGAGCUGAACGCCGAGCAGGAAGCGCCGUCGUCGCCUGCGCGUCUGUCCAGUGCGGAAGUCGGGCAGGACAGUCUGCGACGUCCUCGUCGACAUGGAAGCGGUGACGAGUGUCGGCGGCACUCACCGCUAGAGUGCGCUGGUGACGAAGUAACUAGGCACCCAGCUGGUGAAAACUGUGAAAAACUAGUGAUAACACGAGAUAACGUCCCCCAAUCUGUACAAAACAACUCCCAAGAUAAGAAACUUCGUGAAAACUCAUUACAAGAUAACACUAACUGUGAUUGUUCUGGAAAUAUUGUGAAAAAUCCCAAAGGACCUAGUGAAAAUUCAAGUAUUGUAUUAACUACCUGCCAAGACAGCUCUGUGGAAGAAGUGAUAAGAAACUGUGAAGUAGAGGUUUGUGAAAAUUCUGUAGAUAAUAAGUGUGAUUGUAAGAGGAGUUCUCUAGAUUGUGAACAUUCCACUUUAGAAUCAACUACCAGCUCUCACGAUAACUGUGGAAGUAUUUCAAAAGACAAGGAGCUUCCAAUAAGUUACGAUCAUUCUUCUGUGAACAAUCAAAUAAACAAUCUUUCCCAAAAUGUAUCAGAGACUGAUAAACGUUCUGGAAACGAUGAUUCUCACGAUGAGGUGCUUCCAAAUCAUGUAGAUAAUUAUUCAGAGAAUGAGAUUUCAUGCCAUAGAUCUCUAGAUAAUCAAGCUCAAAAUGACGAUACCAUAAUUGGAAAAAACGUUACCAAAACUACUGAUAACUCAAACACACACAAUCAAAAUCGUGAUCUCGAUCAUUCGUUGUUGUUAACCAAGUGUACCAAAAAUAGAGAUAGUGAUAGUGCUGAUUACAGAGUAGAGAAUACCCCUCAUUCAAACUGUGAAUUUGAUGAACACAAUUUCAAUGGAACUAGUGCUGGGACACUUGGAAAUGAUAAUGAAAUACGUGAAAAGGAUUCAAAUAGUUGUUUAGAGAGUGUUACUAAUAAAAAUACUAGUGACUCAGAGAAUAGUAAGAACAUUAACAGUGUUGUGAAUCACUCCCAUUCCGAAUUAAAACAAACUAGCUGCGUGAGGAACGUGAAUAAUACUUUCUGUGAAUUGAAAAGUGAUGAUAAAGAAAGUGAUAACAAUAACUACGAGACUAAUUUCGGUUGUGAAGGAAAAUUGAGUACAUCUACUACAAAACCUGGUGAUGAAAUUCGAAAAUCAAAUGAAAGUCGUAACGAUAACGUUCUAUACAAUAUCAACAAAGCAGUAGCGCUCAAUUUUGAAGAGACCUAUUCCUCUGAACUGAAAUACUUGAACGUUUUGAAAAAGUUGAACUCCGAAGUGAAUUCACGGAGUAAGUUUGACAAAAAGAUUGAGAAUGAGUAUGAGAUCUGCACUUCGUUCGUGAAUGUUGAGUCACCGAUAAGAAGUGCGCUUGAUAAGAUCAGUGAUAAACAGAGUGGAGUAGACAAGGAUUCAAAACAAGAAACUUUAGAAGAAACGAAUGAAGAUGAGAAUCGCAAUGUCAACCUAGAAAAUAGUGCUGAUUACAACAAAAAUCACAAAGUGAAGGCUGGAUUGAGUCUAAUCGACAAUUUGUUUGAUAAGCGGUUAUCAGCUGGACUUUUUCAGUUCAACUCUAGGAAUUUAGAUAAAAGCUUGCCAACUGAGAUCGAAAAAGAUGGUGCACGCAAAUAUGAUAAAGAGAGGGCAGUAAAUUCAGGAGGGGAACAAGGAGAAAAGGGAUUAAGAGGAGUGGGUGAAGAAGGAGAGAGAAGUGUAGAAGGAUCACAGGAUAGCGGUUACGAAAAGUUCAAGCAGGAAGUAGGAGAGAAACAAGGAGGGAGAACAAGAGUUGAAGCAGAAGAGGGCGUUGAUGGAGAAGAGGUGACAAAGAGAGGGGAAAGAGAGAGAGGAGUAGAAGGUUUUCAAGUAGUAGGAGGAAAAAAGGUUGAAAAGUUUCAGGAGGAGAACACUUUUGAAAGCAACUUCAAUCAGGGAUACCAAAAAGGUAUAGAUGGAGGUGGUGUAGAUAGUACAGGAGUGGUAAGCAAGGAGGGAGUGGUCAAUGAUUAUGAGGAAACAGUAGAGAGAGAACAAGAAACAAAGAUGAGACAAAAGAAGAAGACGGACAAUGAGGUGACAGAAGAUCCUCCGGUGGACAACUCGGGAGACUGUUGCAACGGUUACACGCACCGACCAGCAAUCAAAUCGGCGCUCAAACGAAGCACCAAAGACCGUAAAUCGAAAAAGAAGCACAGAGUCCAAUUCGACGAAUCACUAAACAAGUUUUUCGACGCGGAUUAUGUGAUCCUGAUCCGCGAGGAGCCCGACGAUGGAGUGUGUGAGUGCGGCGAGGACUUCUGCUACGACUGCACCGAGGAUGAGGACGGCGGAGGUCAGGAGGAAGUGGUGCAGAGUCCUAGGUUCGACUUGUGCGCGGCGUUCGAGCCACCCCAGGAGUUCGUCGACCAGGUCACCCUGAGUCCUCCCGAUGGCUACAAGGACAUAUCGCAGGGAUACUGUCCCCACCAUCAUGGCAGCCUCUAUCAGCCGCGCAGAUCCACCAGAACAGAUCCGCGUGAAGAAUGGGAGGAGACAGGCAGACCCUCGUCACACCAGCGCCAACCAGAACAGAACAGAAUUGAAACGAAAAAUGAAGAAAUACAAGUGGAACCACCUGCAGGAGGAUCAAGGCCCGACCACUACACUGACAAGUUCUCCACGCAAGCAAAAGAUUCUCAACUGCAAGCACCUCCCCCGCCCACCAAAGCCAUCCCCCUCCAACAACAUCAGCAGCAGCAGCAGCAACAACAACAACAACAACAACAACAACAACAGCAGCAACUGCAGCAGCAGAAACAUCAACAACUCACACAGCAACAACAAAGAUACAUUGUUGAAACCAUCACCAUGACAACUGUGACCGAGCGCCGAAUUGUUAGAGAAGCUGAGAGUAAGACUGACGCAGCAGCCGAUAGUAAACCGGGUUUGAGUGGCAUCUUGAAGGGUGGCAAACUGUGGAAAAGUAUCGAUUCAGACGAUGGCAGUCAGCAGAUCAGCAGACCAGCUGAUCAGCAAAACCAGCAGCAGAUGUGGGAGGAAUCAGCCGAUGCCAGGAGAGGAGUGCAUUUCUGUGAUGGUCAGACGAAUACUGAGGAUAUUGCGUCAACACCUACUGAAUUGACAUUGACCUUCAAACUGGGAAAUCAGGUUGCUGCAGCUGCUAACAGCGCUCGUCCCAACUCUGCCGUCCGCCAGCUCUUCCCAGGACCUCGCUUCAUAUCCCCGCCUCCUCUCCAUAACCGCUCCCCCGAAACUGAGGACCCUGACUCCAAAUAUCUUCUCACAACUGAGUCACUCCGUUUGUUUGAUGAGUCUAAAAAACCCAAACUCGACCCAUUCAACAAUGCCGCUGCUAAAAACCGGGAUGGCUCCAGUCAAACUAUGGCCACUUCCCCGCAGGGAGAAGCUCAAGGCAGUUUUGGAGGGGGUGGGGCCAGUGAUGAUGAAGAUACAUCACUGCAGAGUAAUCUCAUCAAGAGAACGAUUGAAAGGAAUACACUGAGGAGGAGUUUGUUGAGAUAUCCACAUGAUUCAGCACGUUUGAGACGCAACCAGAACAAGAUCAAGAACGAGAAUUCACUGGUUGAGAGGAUAAAACAGUUGACCUUGGAUGUUGAUGAGGAUGUAUCGAAUUCAGGUGAUGAACGACUCCAGGCAGAUGAAAACUCAAACUCCACUACACCUUUUCCUACCAGAUCUAGUCCACCUGGUGAGGAAUCCAAGCCACCACCAGCUCGUCCAGACAAAAUUGCAUCCUCUGGAGGUGUGUCAUCAACGUACAGAAAGUUGACAGAUCUAUUCACAAGGCGUGGAGGUGAGAAAUGUGAGACUCAACAUCCCAACAGUGUCAUACUGCAAACACCUGCCUCAAUUGAACAUCAGUACCCAUACUACCAGCCUGUCUAUCAACAGGCACAACAAACAACAACUUCUCCACCAGAUCUAGGAAAUGGUUUGAAUACACAGAACCUGAAGAGCACAUUGAUUGCUCGUAAUAGUGUGACAACUGAAGCAAGAAAACAGUUUUUGUCUACUUUGGCUCCCCUGACUGCUUGUGUGAGUGGAAGUGGGGAGGAUUCCCCGGUCAACAAGGAUGCUCCAGGGGAGAGAGGCUCAGUGGCUAGUACAAGUACAAGCACUGCUGCUGAGACUGAAUACAGUUUGGAUGACAUUGAUGAGGCACUUCUAGAUGAACAGGGCAAACUAGCUCCACGCCCUGAUGUGGUAGCUGGAACACCUGCAGGUGACUCACAGGAUGAGCUGGCGCUGUUUGUGCAACAGGAUGCAGGCCGAAUUGAACGUCUCAGGAAGCGCUACAACUCCACACCACCUGUUGCAACAUCAGAGGAUGAUGAACAGGAUGACUAUGGCUUCAAUAGGCGGCCAUCAGUGAGGGGAAUCAAGCCACGUUUCGGUUCAACAACUGAAAUCAUUCAACAGAUGCAGACUCAGAUGCAACCACCACCUGCAGGCAGCCAUGUUUCCUGGCCAUACUAUGCAGCUGCUGAUGUUGAUCCAAGAGCAGCAGCCCAGCUACAAAUGAAUCAACAGGCUAGACUUGCAGCUGGGCCAAUCAUGAAAGAUGAGAACAACUUCACAUACCUUCCCAACGAUAGUCCUGUACCAGACUAUGCUUCCAAUUCACCUGUGGACAAUGGUACACGCUAUCAGCAUGUGUUGUACUCAUCAACAGGAAACCUUCAUCAGCCGUUGAGGAUAGGUGGUGGAGGCUCAAUGCACCAUAUGGCACAUUCAGACUCACCACCACCAGGCAUGAUUGUGCCACUACAAGAAAUGCCAGGACCCAUCUAUGCAGCACGUCGAGGUCUUCCUGGUCCUGGAGGUCUGGUUCAGAUGCAGGUGCCUGUUCCAGUGAGGUUGCCCCAUUAUGCCACUGAGGAGGCUGUACAUUAUGGACCGGCCACAUCAAUAAUUCGGGUUGGCCAAGGUCAGCAGCAGACAAUACGUGUGCCAUACCCUUCAGGAACACCUGUGCAGGUCCAUCUGCUGGCCACACGGCGUGGAGCAGAGAACAUGCAGCGUCCUCCACAUCUAGUUGUGGCAAGAGGCACGCAGACGUCAUCGUUCUCAACCACCUACUACCAACUGCCCCCUCCGCCUCCCAGGGGAUCCUACCCAAUGAGUGUGCGUGGGCCUCUUGUUUAUUCACAAGAGAAACCGCCUCACCUGACUGCUUACCCCCUCACGCGGUCCGCGUCGCCUCCUGUGAUUCCCUCUCUCACUUCCUCACCGACCCGAAUGAAGCCUCACGUGACAGAGAGAGGAGUCCCUGAGGGAGCGGCCAGCUCCUCACCAGGCUUUCCUCAGGACUCUGUCUACGGUGUGCAAGUAUCAACCUCAACCAACAUUCCCUCACCACAGCAGGACGGACCGGUGACGUCACAUGCUCCCAUUAAUCCGAACACUGGUCAGCCUACCGCUAAUCCGGUUUUCUAUGCGAUGAACGUUUGACAAAGCACACAGCAGUACCAUUACUACUGGGAUAGUGUCGGUACAGGACCCUGAAUGUUUUACUAUAAGUGUUGUAUUUUGUUAGUCUACUAGCUAUAGGCCUAUAUACUACUGUCUAUAGAAUAAAUAAAUAAAUAUUGUACAUACUAUUGAAAAACGCUGAAAAAAUACGAAAAAUUGUGUGAGUAUCUGUUAGAAAUAAAUUACGGAACUACUUAUUUGUUGAGAAUUCGAAUUUAUUUAUAGGUCAAAAUCUCUUAGAUUAAAGUAUGUAGCAUUCCAAGUUGGUGCAAUAUAUUGGAAACAUCUUCCCAUCUGUUGAAAAUUCUUCUCUUUUACUUGAUAGUCCACAACAAAACCGUCACAAAUCCGGCUUAUCAUUUAAUCCACCUUCCUAUUCGAGAAGACUUCUAAAAUACCUUCCUAUUUUAGUAUUGGUAUUCUGAAAAUUCAAAGAAAAAUAAUGUCAAAGAAAAAUAAUCCCAAUCAAAUAUGAAAACGUAAUUUUCCAAUUCAGAAUUUGAAAUACGGUACUGUACUAUUCAAGCAGGUACCUACUAUAGAUAAGUUUACAGUUCGCCACCGAACUAGAUCAUACAGGUUAUAAUUACAUAGAUCCCUUACAAUUACAAAAAAUGAUAUGUUAUUCAUUGCAAAUAUAUAUUAUCUGUUCGAGAUGCAUGUUAAUAUUUCUUGUUCAAUUCUUCCUCAACACAUCAAAAUUGAGUGUCAUUUGAAAGAAUUUAGACUUUCAGUGAAUUCAUUUUUGCUGCAAAGUACUAAAUCAUCUACCAUAGGGUACUUACUCACCCUAAUUGAUCAUAAUUUAGUUUUCAAUUUGAAAUCUUAGAGAGAGUACCAAGUUGAUCCAAGCCUAAUACUCUCAAUAACCAGGAGCUAGCUAACAAUAUCUUUACAUUCCAAGAGAAUUAAGAUUUUAAGUAAGGCCUAAUCUGGCACACAUAAGGCCUACACAUCAACGAAUUACACCACCUAAUAUAGAUUAAAACUGAUAGAAUCACUUCGCUUAUAAAUGGGCUUCUUGAUUCAAAUAAAAACAAUAUAUAAACUUUCUGUGCCCUUUUAUUAAAAACUUUAAAAUAUUUUCAAAAAUUAAUAUUUAUAAAAUGGUACUAAAAGUUUUUAUAAUGUUUUUAUUACAACUGGUAUAUUGUUCUGAAUUUGUUGAAUGAAAUUGGCCCUUAAUAAAACUGAUACUAAUACUAAUCUAUGGAAUCAAAACAGAAAUUUGUUGAUUCGAAUAGACAUAGAGCUCCGACUUUUCGGUAUAUAAUGAAUUCACUUAAAUCUUCACAUGAAUUAGCUUGUUGAUUGUUGAUUAGGUUUUGCUAAUGUUAGGUUGUUAGCUAAAGUUGUCAUAUGUCCAAAAAAAUUAAAUUUUAUUUUGAGAGGUUGAACAAGAAUGAUAGCUCAACUCUAUAAUUUAUGUUCUAUCUCCAACAAGAGAACACAAUAAUGUCAUUCUUAUUGGAAAAUAUUGUACAAGAAAAAGUUCUUAUGGAGAGGGAAGAAAGCAUUCUCUCUUCCUGGCUUCUGUAUUGUGAAUUGAAUUCUCCAAUUCCAAUUAUAAGGUACAUCAGUUUGACUGUUAUCAUAACCAUUUCUAUUCAAGUUUAAUGUGAAAUUAGAAGUGAUAAUCUAUUCUUUCAAAUGAAAUUGGACCAACUACUGAAUAAAUAAUUGUAAGAAUGUUUUCAACUGUUGAAAUUUUGUUUUUGUUAAGAAAAAAUGAGUUUAUAUCGAUAGCUAGUGGUUCUUCUCUAACAAAUGAAAUGAUUACCAAAAACUGAUUCAAGUUCCGAUGUAUAAAAUAAUUAGUCUCUAUAAGAAUUGAAUUUCAAGUAUAAAAUUUGGAGAUAGAAUAUGCAGUGGAAAUGUCUGUAAUAGUUGAAAUUAGAAUUGAAAAUAAUAAAAAUAUUCAACUGCGGUUGAAAGUUUAUUUGGUUGAACAAUUAUUCUUCCAAAACGCAAUCAUGUCCAUAAUUGUAUAUGUAUAAUGAAUUACAAGUAAAAUAAUAAUAAUUAAAGUAUUUUUGUAAAAGAAUGUUGAAGAGCCACCUUGAAAAUAAACAAAUUUUCUAUUUAAUAAUGUCCAAUAAAUCAAUUUGGAAAUUUAGUAUCACCAGUGUUAUCAGAUGAGAUACUAGGUAGAGUCCAUGAACGUACCGUAUUACAAUUUAUUAAGACUCUGAUAAAUUGUUAUGAAUGAACGAGUUUCAACUCAUUAAACUGGAAUAAAAAAUGAAAAUAAUUUGAAAAAUGAUUGAUAGUCGCAGUAUUAUGUAGAUUUAACAUUAACAUAUUUUUGUCCGAUAAAUGAAUAAUAAUAUUGUAAAUAAUAAAUCAAAUAUUCUGAGGUUAAUAGUUAUUUUAUAGUAUGAUUUUUUAUCAUGAAAUCAUAGAAUGGUGUGAAUAGGGGAAGUUAGGUCUUGUGUGCUAGUGUAAUACAAAAUAUAAUAUACUCAUUGAAUAUAUUGAAAUAUUCAUAAGAUAAAAAAUAUUAUAUAAAUAAUAAUUUCAAUCUAUUCAAUGUUAUUAGAUUUCUUGAACUCUUGUACUGUGAUCGUUCUUAUAGAGCAGCUAUUGAAUUUUUGUGGAAUUUGUUAUUUUGCCGAUAAAUUAUGAUAAUAAUCGCUAUUGACUUGAUUGAUUGACAAAUAAACUACUCUGUUAGCCUUUCCAAAUUUCAUUAGGAAUUAGUUGCAGUAUGGAAAGAGUAUAUUGGAAAUAGAUUAGAGAUAAGUGAAUUUUAUAUUCAACUAAAGUUUGUUCUCAUUUGGUAUAUUAUUUUAUUCAUAACUUUCUUAUCGAAUUGAGGAGUGAUAAAAUUAAGUGAAUAUAUGAGAAUUGAAAAUAAGUUGUAAAAACCUCCUUGGCGAUGAUACCACAGUUGAAAAUAAUGAAAAUGCUGAUGUGAAAUAUGAUAGUCGUCUAAAUAAUUAAUUCUAUUGAUUUCCAUAAUUUACUUUAUCAAGUUACUAAAUAUUAAAAAUUAAAUCACAGCAAUGUGGAAAAAUCUUUCUUGAAUUACUUGUUAUUCUUUCAAUAACUGAAUUAAUUACUCUUUCAAUAAUAAUUACAGUAUAAACGAAAUCUCAUUCCAAUAAAGAUAUUAUUCAAUCAUUCAGAAAUACUCGUACAAACAUUUUUGAAACCUAUUUAAAAACAAUUGAAUAAAUGCAAACUCAUGUGCUCCUUUAACAAAAUAUCAUGGUUCAACCCAUCACAUCAAGAAUAUCAACAUAUUCUUUUGGAAUGAUUUAUUAUUCAAUCUACCACUCCAAGCAUGAAGUAGGCUAUCUCAUGAUUUUCAAAAGAUUUUUCAUAGAAUUAUGCCACAUGAGUUCUUCAUUACUUUUAUAUUUAUUCCAGUUCGAUCAUUAGAUAUAACUAUAUUUUCUUGGGUGAUAUUACAGUCUCAAAAUCCUGCUAGAGCUGGUAAAGUAACUUUAUUAUAUAUAAUAAUAAAUGCAACUUUUCAAACAUGAUGUUGUUGGCUCAAAACCUGUGGUACCUAAUAAUAUUCAUAGUAAUAUAUUAUCAUUUGUAAUUUUUCCCGGCUGCCUAAUAAUAGGGCUAAUAGUCGUUGUGUCAUGUCAGAGGCCCUGAAAUUGAUCAGGUGCGACCUGAAAACUCUGACACCAGACUUGAGCCAGCCAGGUCACUCGAUAUUAUCAUUAUUAUCUGUCAUUUUUUAUUUUUUGGUAUGAACGAACUGGGAAGCUCUCUACUAUCCACAUCUCUCAUUCUCACAAACAAUCACUGCAGUGGACCUUUCAAUCACUUUUUUCUCUGAGUUUGAUGCCCACAUAAACAUCCGGCUUUUAUCCUAUCUCCAUAUGAGAAAAUUAUGAAGAAUAAAUAGACCUACCGUACAGUUCCAAGUUGACUUCGAAAGUAUGAAUUUUACUGAUCCACAAAAGUUAUUCACGUAACUAAUGAUAAGAAACCUUUCUGAAAGUAGACUCAUACAAAUUGUAGCCUAGCGGUAAAAUACCGUACCGGUAUGUAAAAUAUUUCACAUUACAGGACAAAGAGUGUGUUUGGAAAAUAUCAUAGGUAUUUUGUUGAUCAAAACUUGUAUGGUUUUGUUCUGUGAACAAAUUUGUUGAUAAACUGUGUAAGAUAAAUUUUCUGAUACUAUCUUUAAUAAAAUUAUCAUGAAAGUGAUGUUAAUGAAUUUGUAUAAUAUUAUACAAUUGAUUGACUGUGAAUCAUAAGUUUAUUCAGAAAUUGAAAGACUAUCAGUUAAGUAAAAAUUGGAUAAUUGAAGAACUAUCCCCUGUAUUCAGUAUUCAUGUAGAAUUAACAUUUCAUUAUCAGUUGUAAGAUUUCCUUUUUCGACCUUAUCUUUCAUAUUCUAUAACCCAUAAUAUAUUUAUCCUAUGAAUUGAUAUACAACAUGUAAUGAUUUCUAUGGGUUCAUCCUAUAAAACAAAAAGGAAGGUUUUAUUUAUUCAAAGUUUUCAUAGUAAUACUAAUGUUAAUCGAUGGGAAUAUUAAGAAAAUUUGAGUGGGUUCAAAUUUCCAUCAUACAACUGGGAAGCUCUCAAACAUUCAAUUGCUUUAAUGUCAGAAAUCAUAUUUUAUUUGUAUUAUAAUUUAUAUCUAUAAUGUAUUGGCCUAUUUUCAUAUCUCAUAUAUGAUAGUUUUCAAGAGUAAGAGUAUAUAAUACUAAUUGAGCACAGUGUCAUCUAUUAUUGAAUUGUUAUUGUCUUCUAAUUGAAUUUCGUUUAUAUAAUAAAGCAGUGUGUAUCAACCUCCGAUUUCAAUUUGUAUAUUGAGUAAUCAUUCAAGACUAUUAGAUGGUAAUUGUAUUGUAUCCAAGUUAUAAUUUCCAUUGUUUUUCAUGCAACUAGAUUAAGUUUUGUAUAUUGAUAUUCCCUUCUACUUUACAAAAUUAUAAGUAGGCUAUAUGUGAAACUGGGUUUUCAUUUGUGUAUUUUUUAUGGAAACAUGUAUAUUGAAUGAUUGAUUGAUGAAGUAUAUUAUAAAUAUAGCCUUUAGAUAUUACACUUACGCAAAGUCAUCUUAUAUUUACUUGUUGAAUUUUUUAACUUUGGUGCCAAAGAUAUAUGUGAAGUUGUAAUAAAGAUAAUAAAAAGAGAUGAAGUUUUCCAUUAAAAAUAAUGUAGUUUAUUGUUUAGAUUAUAUUGGUAUAAAACUCUUAUAACGUAAAUACCAAAGUGUCAAAUCUAUUUGAGUAGACUGCAGAUAAUAUUUAAUAGGCCUAAUAUAUUAUUUUGUUUGUUUUUAUGAUGUAAUGAAUACAGAAUAAAUUUAUUAUCUUGA